AUGGGCUGUGGGCACUUCAGGAAUAACGUAGAAAUGAGGCCGGUAGCAGUAAGAAGAGUUGAGGAUUUGCUUAUCAGGCCAAACACAUUUGUACAUAGAAAUCUUCACUGGUUCGGAGAUAUAUAUAAUCUUAACAAACUGCAAGGUUCUGGCGAAUUUACCGAAGUAUACGAAUGCACUCACAAAAAAUCAGGAAAAUUGAGGGCAGUGAAGAUCUACAAAAAGGCCAUCCUUCAUUUAAAUAAUAAUAGAGAUUUUUUCCAGCGAGAAAUUGAAGUUUUGAAAUACUUGGACCACCCUUAUAUUAUAAAACUUUAUGAACUUUUUGAGGAUCAGUCACAAUAUUAUAUCGUCAUGGAGUAUACUCGAGGGACAGAGCUUUUCCAAGAAAUCCUCGAGCACAGAACCUUCACAGAGUAUGAAGUUGCCGUAAUAGCCCGAAGCAUUUUGUUAUGCUUUUCUUAUCUUCAUGAGAUGAAUAUCGUGAUAAGAGACUUGAAGCCAGAAAGUAUCAUCAUUGACGGAGUACAAAUCAAACUUAUUGGCCUGGGGAAUUCGUGCAAAAUUAUUCCAGGGAAAAGAAUCAGCGACCCUCAGUCUGUGACAUAUUAUGUCGCGCCUGAGGUCAUCCAUGGGAGUUAUAACGAAAAAUGUGACCUCUGAAGCUUAGGGGUGAUAGUCUAUACUCUUUUUACAGGCUUUCCUCCGUUUACAGGGGAUACUGAUGAAGAAAUUAUUGAAAAUGUUAAAGCAGGGAGGUAUAAGAUGGUUGAGCAUCUUUGGAAUGUUUCUGAUGAAGGUAAGGAUUUUAUUAGUCAGUUGCUUCAAAAAGAAAAUAAAAGACCUUCAGCCAAAGAAGCACUGAACCAUCCUUUCAUACAAAAGGCUAAAUACAACCACAGCCAGACUGCAGAGCCUGUUCAAGCUGCUUUGAAUAACUUAAUGACAUAUCCAAGAAAAAAUAAGCUGGCUGAGACAAUUUUGACUUAUAUAGCAUCUCAACUGUUUUAUCAAAGUGACAUAAGCAGUCUUGUGGAAAUUUUUUUAAUUUUAGAUGCGGAUAAUGAUGGGAAAAUAGACAAGGAUGAUCUUGUUGAAGGGCUUAAAAAGUUCUUACCCCUUUAUCCCAGCAAAAAAUUUUUGGGGUUAAUUUUAAAAAAAAAAAAUUCCUAAUUUCCUUAGAAUUAUAAUCAUAUAUAGAAAUUUAUUAUUAACGGUACAUAGGAUAAGAAUACUUUUUUGCCUGAAUGGCAAUUUUCUAAAAAUUAGACGCUCCAGUAAGAUUGGCCAACCACAGAGAGAGGGAAGUUAGGCAAAGAAGUUGGAGGAGCUGAAGAAGCUGAAAAUAUUAUUAGAAUUGUGGACACUGGAAACUAUGGAUACAUCUCUUAUACAGAGUUUAUAAAAGCGGCAAUAGACUAUAACACUCUGGUUUCAGCUGAAAAUUUAAAUGCAGCUUUUGAUAUGUUUGACCAGGAAGGCGACAAGCAAAUAACUGCUUCAGAGCUAAAAAUCGCACUGCAAGCUGAUGAAAGGGUAGCUGAUAAUGUUUGGACUGAAAUGGUAGCAUCAGCAGAUAUUGAUGGGGGAGGAAUUCUUGAUCAAAAUGAAUUCAGAUUGCUCUUUGUUAGCGAUAAAUAA